AUGGCCUCGUUGGAUCCUCAGCGCCAAAGGACAAUGGGCAUUCCAAGAAGGUUCCGAUAUGUGGCUGUAUUGGUAAUCGUCCUUGUAUCAACAGCAGUGUUCGCCUCGUAUAAACUUAGCACACCGCAGAGAGUGCAUCAGAUAACGGACAAGCUCAAUACACACACGUCUGGUGGCGACACAGGACCGAAGCAGACUUCAGCCAGUGGCACUGCGGCAGCUAAAAGUGGCGAGAAGUAUUCAGACGACGACAGUUACGUGGACCUCAAAUCACCAUAUACUCCCGACUACGACGAUGAAGAAGACGACCCAUCACUGUACAUCCCGGACCGAGGAGACUAUAGAGAAAUCUUCUCGCUGACCACCGUGGACCGAAAGUAUUUUCCUAUCUACUGGGCAGGCGACGAAGCAUACAACCCGAACGUCAUACCACAUCCGACGAAACACGACAUGUGGAUCGUGGUUGCUCAGCACGAGCAAAGCAAGGAGAUUAUCGACAUCUCCGGCGAGUUGAUUUGCGAGGCUGGGUUCUUGAAUGGUGUCCUGGUCUGUGGCGACGCACCAACGAUACUACCAAUCGCUCCGUCAAUAACAGGAGUCUGCGAAGGCGAUCUAGCUUACAUGAACUUUCGCUUCGGGCCUCGCGAUGCACGAAUGUUCUACGGUCCAUCCGGUCCGAUGAUCAGUUACGGCACGCAGUCACAAUACACAUGUCUGGGUAUCUGGAUCCAAGACGUUCGCAUGCUUCUCGACUCGUUCCGUCUGGAGCGCUUUGCUUUGAGCAAGCUCUUCACCUCAGCGACCGAAGUGCGAAGGCCAGCACCAUGGAAAGGCAUCGAGAAGAACUUCUUCAUCUUCUGGGAUCUACAAGGCAAAGCAUACGCUCACUUUGACCUCAGCCCAGAGCGUGCCUUUGCUGAGCUGGACUUCAACGGUGCUGUAGGAGACGAUCUGGCACCGAAGACUGCAAGCGAGGAUUCUGCAUGCAUGGCACAGUACAUGCCAUACGUUGGACCAGAACAAGAGUCCAUCCACCAGGCGACGAACUCACUGUCUAUCACACUGUGCAAACGUGCGGAUCUGAAGUGCAAGCCAACAGAGAGCAACACUUUUGUCAUGCACAUUUUCCAACACAAAUCUUACUACACGUUUCAUGGCAUAUACGAGCCAUACGUGUUGUUGUUCCAGCAAAUGGCACCGUUCGCUGUACACGGCAUCUCACAGCGUCCCCUGUGGAUCCACGGUCGAAAUGCACUCAGCAAGGACACCCACUCCCUACAAUACGAAGGUCGACCGGAAACAGACAUUCCCGAGGGUCAUACGGAAAUGUUCUAUGUGACCUCAAUGUCCUGGAAAGGUCACGAUCAGAAGUACCACGGCUAUCUGGAUGAUACAUUACUCUUGGCAUUCGGCAUUGAAGAUAGUAGGAGCGCCGCCAUUGAUGUAAAAGCGGGCGACAUACUGCAGGACAUCGCAUUCUGUAAGAUUUGUGAAUAUGCACGUUGA